CACACAGACAAGAGCCGCGGCUGUCGGGAAGCGAGCGCGGCGCCGUGGAAAAAUAAAAGUUGAAAGUCGCCUCCAGUUCAGUUGUAACUUCGAGCGCGACGCAACGGUCGCGUCAAACGACAAGCCGAUCUAUCGAGAAGUGCCUAAACUAACUAACGAAGAUUAAAAGUGCCUUGUGUGAAAGUGUAGAAUCAGUGUAUUUUGUAGUAAAUUUUUUUGAGUGCUUAUUCUGUGAAAUAUCAAGAUGGAAGUAAGGAGAUUGGCGAUAUUCAUAAUGUUCUUGGAGCUAGCGGCGAUGUCACAAUGUUCAGCACAUGCCAUGCAUCGUCGUCAAGCUGAAGAUGAAGUGAACUUCGAGGACCCUCAGGCUGAUGAAGGGUUUGACGAGUUCGGUGGUGAAGAAACCCAAAAUGACACAGGUGAUAGUCCCGCAGCGCAACGUGUGGAACCAGCCUCCAUUUCAACACUACCCACUACAUACAAAAUAGAAGCGGGGAAAAGUGCCAGACUAGAAUGUAACGUGCAACCGGAUUCUGCUGUCGUCCAGUGGUGGAGAAAUGACGAGCUUUAUUUCAUGGGAAAUGCAAAACUCAAAUACGGCCUGACAAAAAUUUCUAUUGUACCAAACUCCAAGGACUUGCUGAUCAAGGACGUGAGCGCUACGGACGCCGGCGUUUACCGAUGUGAGAUUGUCCAGGAUACACCUGUUAGCAUCAACCACACUCUAGAAGUAUUACAGGCUCCGGUUAUAGAGAAUUUGACAGCUACCAAUGGCGGGUACGUGGUGGAAGGGUCGAAUCUCCUGCUGACUUGCAACGUCCACGCUACUCCAGCACCACAGAUUAUGUGGUCCAGGGAAGUUGCGAAUGUCAACGAGCGACUUCGCGAGAACGACGGAGAAUUCACCGGGAACAGUCUCUACAUCAAGAACGUGAAACGAGAGGAAUCCGGGAAGUAUUACUGCUAUGUGUUGAACGCGCUGGGGCAUACGCAGGCUGAAAUAGAUGUCCAUGUUGUUGGGAAACCACGCGUCCACGUUCACAAGACCAGAGUGAAUUCGGCCAUCAACAUCGAAGCGGUAUUGCAGUGCACAGCUCACGAGGAACCAGACCUUCACAUGCGGUGGUACAAAGACGGAAAACUGAUUGAGGAUAUCUCCACGCAGUACACCGUCUCCACUAACGGUCACCACUCCAAUUUGACUGCCACUCCGCUAACGUCACUGGACUUCGGGACUUUCACUUGCGAGGCGGAAAAUCUUCAUGGCAAGCACAACAGAUCCAUUGAGCUUGUACAGAGCCCCGUGAUUGAAGACGUUUCAGCCGACGGACCCAAGGUCUCUUGGACUGUUCAGUCUCAUCAGCCUCUCGAAGAAUUGGAACUUCAGCUUAAGCCUCUCAAUGCGGCCGGUUCCAGCUGGAUACGCUACAAUGUGCCGCUACCAAAGCCGAAUGGUCACCGUUACGAGAUCGUGCACAGAAUAGAGAACGACGUCAAGGCCGGGAAAUACGAGGUCAUGGUGAAGGCCAGAAACACCCACAGCUGGGGCAGCGCCCCAGAACCCGUAACCGUCGAUGUCGAAGAAUCGAGCAUCCGGUCUGCUUCAGUUUUCGGCGGCAACUUGAGCAACGGUAACUCCAAUCGUUUCACCUCCUCGAUCCUGUCUUCAUUCGUGAUGUAUCUCUUAGUCCGGAUGUUUUAAUCUAACAACAGCCCUAGCCUAACUUAUUUAUUGUUAGUAACUAUUAAAAUAUAUUCCCGUUUAUCGGGUAUGUUUUUUUUUUUCUUACACUUCGUAGCUUCUUGUGCUGUUGUCCUUUGUCUAGUUUCUAGCAUGCUGUUAAAAUUACGAAUAUCGCUUUUUUUUAAAACGCUAUUUCACUUUGUGGUUUGACGUUUCGGGUUUUCUAAACGUUCGCUGUAAUUCGAACUGUCAGUGUACGUCAAUGUCAAAUCUGUCAAACCGAUGUCAAGACAGAAUGUAUUUUAGUCUGGCGUGUCAUAAUAAAUACAUACCUAUUCCCCAAUUUAAAACGUUCAGCCCAUGAAAUACGAAUAAUAAUGGAUGUUUUUUUUUCUCUUAAUCGAAAAAAAUAAAUUACGCUUCGGUUUUAUUCGGGAUCUAGCUCCCUUCAUUUUCAACAAUCUUAUUAAUGUACAGUAAAUAAGGAAUAUUUUAUUUUAAUUGAUAUAAUUUAAGAAACGAUGAGAAUGCAAUGCUACUUAAUCGGGAAAGAUGACCACUGAAAAAUUCCGUAUUUAUAAUGUUAACAAAAAAAUAAAACACUAUGCAUUUUCACGAAACAGCUUUUAUUUUGAUUAGAAUUAUUUAAUUAAAUUAAUAGGCGAACCAUUUUUUUAUGUUUAUUUAUACAUAAUAUAUUAUGUAAAUACUUUAUUAUUACUUUGAUUUGUUCUAUUGAAUGUUAGUUUUAAUUUUUAUAUAGGCGAAAACAAAGUGUACCUAAACACACAAAACUGGACAAAAAAUCUAACGUUUUUUUUAAAGUUUGUUAAAAUUCAUGAUAAUCUCUAAUAUCAUUUAAUAUACUAAGCAUUUACUAAACAAACGACUUUAUCAUCAUUCAAAACAAUAGUUAUGAUAAUUAAUUAUAAAUAUUAAUAAAUUACGUCUUAAAUGACGUUUAUUUUAACUGUUUUAAUAUAUAUUAUAUAUAUAUAUAAUUAGUUCUUCUCAUUUAGUUUUUAAUAGAAGGUAAUUAUUACCAAAGCGUAUUUAAGAAUCACAUAUUAAUUUUUAGUCUUUAAACAAUAACAAUGUCAACAAGGAGGACCGGGCCAAACUCAGCGUGUCAGAAGAAAAUCUAUGUAAAGUUUUUUUUUUACACGAAAUUAAUUGAAUUAACGAAAUUAAUUGUACUUAAAUUUUCGAUAGAGAGUUCGGAUGGUUAUUAAUUUAAAAUUUAUAUGUGUUGUUACAUUGAUUAGUUCAGUUUCCGUAAGCAAACCGUGCCUUAUCAAAAUCUAUGGUGUUGCAUGAGGCUGAUAUAAAAAACUGACUCGAUAUUUAAAAUCAAUUGUCAACAAUAAUACCGCCGCACGAAAUCGUUUUAGGUAAAAUUUUAAACAGUAAUUGGCAACACCGUUAUAAAAUUAUUCGAAAGGAAAAAAUUCUUGAAACGCUCUUAAUGUAUACAAUACAUGAUUGCAAUUGGAACUAACUCUAACUGUCUUUAAGACCAUAUCGAAGGGCGAAAGCUAUUUGGUUUAAUCGACAUUUACCUAUCUUUGUAGUAAAUAAAGGUACGUUUUAUUCAGUACUAGCUGACCCGGCAGACUUCGUAGUGCCUCAAUCGAUAAAUAAAAGACCUAAACUUUAUUUAAUUCCGAGAAUUUUCAUAUUUGUCUACCUUUUAAACCUCCUCUGGACUUCGACAAACAAUUCAAGGCCAAAAUUAGCCAAAUCGGUCCAGCCGUUCUCGAGUUUUAGCGAGACUAACGAAUAGCAAUUCAUUUUUAUAUAUAUAGAUUAGUAGCAUCAAAAAAUUCGAUGUUUUUUAAUUUAACUUCAAUUGAAGCUUACUCUAAACAGCUUAAGAAGUUUUUUUGUUAUGAAUUGUUUUUUUCGCAUUUUAAACUAUAAAUGGCUCUCCUGUAAAAUUGCAAAAAUAUCGCUUAAGCCAUAUAGCUUUUCUUUCGUCGAUAUAAAUUGCUCCGUUUGAAGAUUGAACUGUUUUGAAACCACAUAUAUAUCUGAGAAGGUGAUAUGAGUCUCCAAUGCUAAUUCGCUGAGGUAAUUAAAGUUUAAACGGAGCCACAGAAAGACUUUUCGGGUAAAUGAGAUCAUAAGAAGUCUAAAAAACUACACUAGGCAAUCCAAAUCCUACUUUUUCUACGCGUUUUAAUAAUAACUGAAAAAUAUCAUAUAAAAUAGCAUAACACUUAAAUUAUCUAGCUAAAUAACAGUAGCUAUAAUAACGAGUGUCGCAGCUGCCAUAUUUACAACCGAAUAUCUCAAAUAAGAAAACAUUUUUUUUGUAAUAGUUUAUAAAUAAAUAUGUGCCUACCAGUUCCAAUGAGGUGCUUCGGAAAAAUCUUCCAUAAGAACGUUUUUUUUUUAAUUUAGUAAUAUAAUCAACUAGUCUUACAGUGUAUUAAUAAUUAAUCGCGUUUUUAGAACAAAAACCGAAUUAGCGUGUUUUAGUCAAAUUUCAAUAUUGUCAGGUUUUUAAAAGGGCUGAAUUAUAAUUGUCUUCUAAUUUCAUUUAAUGUCUCAUCCGCCAAUGGUGAUUAAAAAUUAGUUUUUUUUUAAAUAGUUUAUGUUUAAAAGAGAUAUAAUAAAAUAAAGUUGUUUCUGGAAAUUUCGUUUCAAAUAUUAUGAUAAUCCAUACAAUUUCAACUUGUGACGCUUGUUUUAGAGAGAGAGAGAGGGAAAUAUAUUUCGAUCUCUUCCUAUAACGCACCCAAGUUGAACGGUCAAUUGAUUCCCGCUCAAACAUUACGCUGUCAGUUGUUGUUCUAAAUAUGUGAUAAUCGAAUUAGUCUUAAACAAUAUAGUUUUUUAAUAAGCACCACUAUAUUAUGCGUAGUUCGAAUUCGUAUUAUGUAAUUGUGUACUAUGAAAUUUAUUGUAGAUACCCUUGAUUUUCAAGGAAUCACUUUUAUCGUACAAAAAAUAAUACAUCAGUUGAAACAGUUAUCGGAACGCAUUGAUUCAUUACAAAUUAAUAAAAUAAUUGAAUUCAAACUAUUUGUAGUCGACAUCUGGAUCAAGUGUCUGUUUCAAUUAAUUGUAUUAUUUAUAAAAUUACAAACGAAUCAAAUAUUUGUACAAAAUUUGUGAACGCUUUUACGAAAUUCCGUGCCUUCUACAUAAUGUAAUGCGAAGGUGAUAUUUUUGUCUUAAAUAAAUGAUUAAUGUUUGUAAAUACAUUAAA